GAAAUCUAAACCCUCCACCUCAUCGGAGGCGGCGGGUACGAGGUGAUCGUCGACGAGUCACCACCAUGAGGCCACCACUACGAGGCAAGCUAGCUAGCAACGGAAACCAUGGUGUCAAUUGUCAUACGCCUUACGGCUCAAUUCCUCGAUCAGUCUGACUGGAUGUUUCCCUCGCCGUAGGACGACGCGGCGGGAGGGUAGGAGGAAGAGGCGACGGCGGAGGCCGCGCCUUGAGGGCAGGCGGAGGCAAUGGCGGAGACCGCGGCGGCCGGAAGGGAGGGGGUAGGAACGGCCCGUGGAGAGCGGACACCAGGGGUAGGAGGCCUGGAGGCAGGACGCCGGCCGGCGGUGGCCGCGUUGGCGGCAUGAAGGGCGGGAGAAAGGCGGUGGUGCAGCCGCACAAACACGGCGGCGUCUUCAUCAGCAGGGCCAAGGAGGACGCGCUCUGCACCAGGAACAUGUGCCCCGGCGAGUCCGUCUACGGCGAGAAGCGCGUCUCCGUCCAGAAUGAGGAUGGGACAAAGGUCGAGUACAGGGUGUGGAACCCCUUCCGAUCCAAGCUGGCUGCUGCUGUGCUUGGCGGUGUUGACAACAUCUGGAUUGCUCCUGGCCAACGGGUCCUCUACCUUGGUGCUGCAUCAGGAACAACCGUGUCUCAUGUCUCUGAUAUUGUUGGACCGGAAGGGUUGGUCUAUGCUGUUGAGUUCUCUCACAGGAGUGGAAGGGACCUUGUCAAUAUGGCCAAGAAGAGGACCAAUGUGAUCCCCAUUAUUGAGGAUGCCAGGCACCCGGCAAGGUACCGGAUGUUGAUCGGCAUGGUUGAUGUUAUCUUCUCUGAUGUCGCACAGCCGGACCAGGCUAGGAUCUUAUCCCUCAACGCCUCAUAUUUCCUGAAAUGCGGCGGUCAUUUUGUCAUGUCAAUCAAGGCGAACUGCAUCGACUGCACGCAGCCUGCGGAGGCAGUGUUUGCCAGCGAGGUGGAGAAGCUGAAGCUGGAGCAGUUCAAGCCGGCGGAGCAGGUGACCCUGGAGCCCUUCGAGCGCGACCACGCCUGCGUCGGCGGCGGCUACAGGAUGCCCAAGAAGCAAAAGCCAUCUCAAUAAGAAAGUUUUAAUCACCGAUGUUACACAUACAUAUAAAUGUUGAUGGAGCUUGGAGGUCUGAUAGGUUUUACAGCUACCUGCUUUGAGUAGGUCUUUGUGAAAGUUUUGAGUAGGUCUUGGACAAAGUUUUGAGCAGGUCCUGGUUGAAUAAUCAUGAGCUUUGCACUGCCACGCAGUUUUCAUCU